AGCCUGUUGUGCACCUCAAGCACUCGCAGCCGUCGUGUCGUUACGAUUGCUUCCUUUAGACUUCAAACAUGGCUCGGUCUGGAGCGUCGCACGGGCUGAAGGCGCCAGCUUUGCUGAAUGCCUACAGCGCGCUGAAGACGGUGCAGGAGAUGGAUCCAGACUUCAAGCACAAGGUCCGCGUGCCGGUCAUGGUCAUCACCGGGACCCAGUCGGCGGGCAAGACCACCUUCAUCGAGGCCAUGGUGGGCUUUCCCGUGGGCUUUACAGACCGGAACACGGGCACGCGCUGCCCGGUCCGCUACGUUUUGAGGAGGUCGGAGGAAGCCUGCUACAAGGUGGCAGGACAGGAGCUCAGGGGUCAGAAAGAGGUCCGCGAGAAGGUUACCGCGCAGAUGAAGAAUCUGGAGUUGAGGAAGCAGUUCAUUAGUGAGCCCUUGGUGGUGGAGAUCAGUGAGAAGGACCAAGUGGACAUCGACAUCGCCGACCUCCCGGGACUCAAGGAUCGAAGCCAACCUGAUUCAGAAGACAUUGCGAAGAUUGUGAAGGAAUAUCUUCGAAAUGAUCGGGUGAUGCCGGUCGUUUUGUGCAAGGCCGAGAAGAAUGAAGAGACCCAGCUGGAUUAUGCGGCCUUGGAAGAUUGUGGCUUGCAGCCGAAGAAAGCCUUGGUAGUGAUCAACUACUUCAACAAGCAGCUGCCGGACCUCACAUCAGUCUCGGAGUUGAACACAUACUGCCGUGGCUACUUGAAAAAGUUCAAGGAGGCCUACUUUGUGAUGCUUCACUAUGAAGACGGCAUCAACAAGGAGAACAUGAACUUUGAGGAGCUCUACAGGUACUACAGCACCUUGGGAGAGAAGGAAAAGGCCACCUAUCAAAAGCAGAUCAGUGAGUUGGAAGCGAAGGAUCAGGAUGGCCUCAAGGUGGAGCAUGAGGUUUGGACGUCUCUGGGGGUGAACGCUGCCUUGGAUGCCAUGCAACAGAAGUUGUCGAGUUGGAUGGAGGAGAAUCGCAAGACGGUCUUGAGCAUCUUGAAGGGGAAGAAGGAGGACUUGCUGUGCGAAGUGGAAAAGCUGGAAAAGGCUCUUGGCCCGCAGGGCGAUGAAGAGCUCCGUGUGGCCCUCCAGGAGUACAACAGCGAGUUCCAGCAUGCCAUGAAGGUGGUCUUCGAGGGCGACAACAACUGUAGCCAAUCCAAGCCGAAGCAGGACAGCCGCUAUUCGAAGCAAUAUGUCUGGGCCUUCGACACGAAGGAGGUGAGCCGCACCUUCGAAGAGGAGUGGGUGGAGACCUAUCUACGCCUCCGCGCCGAGUUGAAGGACCAAUCGCUUUUCCCCGACUUGGAGGACUUGCGCGAGAAGCUCAAGGACACCUACACAGGCAAUAUGCUGGAUAUGCGUUUGCGGCCUCAUGCUGCCUUCAACCGCAUCAUGAAAGUCUCCAGCUUUGUCAUCAUGCAGUACCCCAUGCGAACUCUCACGAAGCAAGAGAUGUACAGCAAGAGCGGACAUUCCAAUGAUGGUGUGACCGGAAGCUUUAACCCUCACAAGGUCUUGAAGGGCAUGGUCACUGAGAGGCUGUUGGACUUGCAGGACGUCGUGGAGGUGGUCUUGGAACACAUCCAUAACAUCUAUGAGGCUCCGGUGACGCGGGUGCAUGAGAUGCUCACCGACCGGCACACGGUGGUGAAAUGCCAUCCGAAGUUCAGGGAGAAGUUCACCGCGAAAUACCAGGAGAUUUUGGAGCAACAGCUCUCACAAGCCAACCAGUUCUUGCAGCGGCUCAUCAAUCAGACCACUGCUUGCGCGCCGGCAGACCUCAACACACGGUUGAUCUCCCUGCUGGGCAUUACCCCAAAGAGCCAGGCCCAGGACUCGAGUCCGGAGCGGGUUGAGGCGAACGCCAGUGAUGUGCCUGAGCGUGUGGGUAAGCAUCGAGAGGCGGUCAAGGAGGUGCAGAAGACCGUCGAGACUUGGAAAGGGAGGUUCAACGUCAUCGAUUUCGUGGAAGGCGGCUGCGAUGACUUGCCCUUUGGGGAGUAUCGGAGCGUCGAUGAGAAGCGGCUGAACGACUGCGCAGAGCGCAUCUUCUUGCAGCUGAAAGGAAUGAUUGUCCUCCAGCUGGAGGGAGCUUUGAACUAUGACGUCUAUGCCUUUCUGCAGGGGAAGCUGUUGAAUGACAUGCACUCAGAGAUGGCACAGUGGAUUCGUCAGCUGAUGGACCAUGCGCAGGAGCUUAAGGAGAUGUUGUCAGGUUCGGAGGAGCUCAAAGCCCAGCUACGCAUGAAGAAGGAGGAGCUGAGCCUUUGUGAGGAAGCCUUCGAGAAGUUGGACCCCACGGGCGCCUUUGAAAGCCGUUGCCGCCAAGCGGACCGCGCGACCCUCCUGGCGGCGCAACACGCUCCAAAGCCCGCGCCACUGCCGGUGAGCCAGUCCAAGCUACUGGAGGGUGAGUUGGACUUGGGUUUGAAGCUGUCCAAGUUGAAGGGGCCCUGGCUCUGCGACCUCCGCGAGGCGGCCGAGCAGGAUCUGCUGGGAGAUCUCAAUGGGCGUCCGCAGAUGGUCACAGUGGACAGCCAAGUGGUGGGCGAUCGACUGCGCUAUUGGCUCACGCUGAAGCCAGACGCGGAGAAGGAGACGCUGGAGCGCAUUGAGCAAGCCCAGACGUCCGGCUACCCCAGGGCCAAGGCGGUCUACCAGAAGUUCACUAAAGGUGGCCCUGGUGAUGACUCGGCUCCAAUUGCGGCGCCGGCCCCGCCCCCCCUCCGGGGCUUCUCAGGGGCGCAUCUGGAGCCGGACGCCGUGAGGACCAGGACCCGCAAAACAGGCCGCGGCCACCGCAGCGCGCGGCAGUUGGCUGUCGUAAUGAGCUCAGACUAUCUCAGAAGGAUGGCCCACCAGUGAAGCCACUGAAAGUGAGGA